AUGAACUUGCAGCGUGUCGACCCAUCAUUGAGAAACCGCUGAAUGGAAACCAUCCAUAACGAUAUUCUUACACCUUUAUAUUUCGCGAAUGUCGAAGAGUUUGCAUAUUCAAACGAAAAUCCUUUUGUUCCAAAUGAAGAGAAGCUUAAUUUACUAAGGCUGAAGGAUUUUGCAGCUUUUAAUUAUGAAAAAGGUGAGCUCAGAGAUUUUAUGUUACAUAUUUUCAGUGAUUUUAUUGGGCUUUUUCAUUUAUUCUAUUCUGAUUUAAGUUAAAUGGCUAGCUAUCUAAUAUUUUAAAUAUGGUUGUCAAUAGAAUGCAAUAUAGAUAUCAAAAAACUCCAGAGAUUUAUAUUUGCAGUGUCAGAAAAUUAUCAAAAUAACCCCUUCCACAACUAUUUUCAUGCAACAUCUGUAACCCAAAUGGUUUUUGCAAUUGGUGAAAAAGCCGAGAAAUAUGAACGGUUCCUGACUCCUCUGGACCGCCUUUCUUUACUUUUGUCUUCUUAUGGCCACGAUUUAAAUCACCCAGGAGUAACCAAUGCGCUUAUGGUAAAUUCUCGUCAUCCUUUAGCAAUUACAUACAAUGACGCAUCAGUGUUAGAAAAUCACCAUGCAGCAACCCUUAUAAAUUUUCUUGAGCUCAGUGGAUGUGAUAUAUUUUCAGAUUUUUCGCUGCAGGAUAAAAAUUACUUGAGGAGGAUUAUCAUUCCUACUAUAUUAGGGACUGAUAUGGCUAAACAUAAAACUGUAAUGAGUGAUUAUAUAGCGUUAAUAUGGUUUUCACAUUAUUAAAAUUAGAAAACAGUAUCAUUUAUUAUAAUUAGCCAAUCUGAAGGGUUUAAUUUAGCAAAAACGGCAUAUACCAAUAUUUUUACUAUAGGCUAUGAUAAAAAUAACCAAGACCACAGACAAUCAGUUAUGUCUAUGGUUUUGCAUUCGGCUGAUGUUGGAAAUCCAUGCUAUAAAUUUGAACUAGCUACUGUAUGGUCACUGAGGAUUAUCCAGGAAUUCAAUCAACAGGUGAUGCAAGAAGAAACCAGAGGGCUGCCUGUAAGCGAAUUUUUGAGAAUUGGAAAUGAUAUUAGAAAAAUUAAGCAAAAUCAAAUGGGAUUUAUUGAUGGCUUUAUUUACCCAUUGUGGAAAUUACUAGCAUUACAUAUGCAGGAAGCUCAGGAGUAUGUAGAAGCUAUUGAGCUUAACAGAAAACUGUGGGAAGAAUUAGAGAAUUUAGAUAGUUAA